AGGGACCAGGGGAAGUCUCUAUUGACCAUUGGCAGGGGAGCAGGAAAGUUCUCAGCUCAGCUCAGUCCACAGCCACCGGACGAAACAAAGGCAAAGAGAGACGAGAGAGAGAGAGAGAGAGAGAGAGAGAGAGAGAGGAGGAGGGGAAAAAAACAGAAUCAUCAGCUCAGGAAAUCAGCAGCCUGUGGUGCGACGUGGCUGGGGCCUUAAUGAGAAGAUCUCCCUGGGUUUCCUGUGAUCCUCUCCUGUGCUGAUCCUGUGGUGAGGGUUGCCCAACACAGACACAAACACAGAGACGGACACAGAGACAGACACACAGCCGGACACAGAGACAAACCCUUUGUCAGUCCUCUGAGGGGGACUUACCUACCAGCAGACGCCCAGCCGGCGUGUGUGUCUCUAUGAAGGAGAGCUGCCAUGAAGACUAACCUCAGGGCUUUCUGCUGGCUGCUGCUGCUGUUGCUGUGGGCUCCAGGGGGCGCCAGAGGCUCCCUGGUGAAGACUAACCGGGGCCUGCGGGUGCAGAGGGGUCAGGUGGGGUUCCUGCAGCAGGGGGACCUGCAGUUCCACAUCCCCCACCAGAGGGACGCCUGCAAGGUGGAGGUGGUCCUGAACGAGCCAAUCACGCAGCGUGUUGGCACCUUCAGCCCCCAGGUGUUUGACUGCCACUUCCUGGCCGACGAGGUGAAGUACGUCCACAACGGCUGUCCAAUCCUGAAACAGGAUACAGUGCUGCUGCGUCUCUACAGGUUCACAGAAGGGGAGACACACACGGAACUGUUUUCCCUGCGCGUGGAGGUCAUGGAACCAGACUGCAACAUCAUCAAACUGGGCCCCAAGCGUCUGGAGGUUCCGGAGUUCUAUGGCGUAUCCAAUGUGUUGGACGGCAAUGCCGUGACCUUUAACUACGAGCACCAAGCCAACCUGGAGUGCCACGUGCGCAUCACCACGCCUGACACACACCUGCCUGGCCACGGCCAGCUGGUCACCGGGCAACCACAGCAGCUCGAAGCCAGAGGAGACGAACCGCACAGCUUCAUACCACUCCGCCAGCAGCUGGAUAACAAGGACAGAGCCCGGUGUAAGAGUGAGGACUGCCUGAAGGGCCUCAAACUGGUGAAGAUCACCAAGGUUCCCUGCAACGACUUCCUGCUCAUGGGCAUCCGGUACCAGCACAUCGACCCGCCCUCCCCUGACGUGGACUACAUUGCCAUCAGACUGGACCUGGUGGACACUCGGAGCAGAGCCAUAUACAAGUCGGAGCACGCAUGGAUCCCAGUGUGGAUCCGAAAUGCCAUGCGGAACCAGCCUCCGAGGGCGGCCUUCAUGUCCAUGUUCAUCCUGGAGGUGGACCAGUUCAUCCUGACGCCGUUGUCCACGGCAACACUGGACGCCGAAGACAGCGAGACGCCCAAGCAGCGCCUGGUCUUCAACAUCACGCGGUCACCCGGAGAGGGCUUCAUCACACACCUGUCUGACCACACCAAGCCCAUCUCGUCCUUCACCUGGACCGACCUCAACGACAUGCUCAUCGCCUACCAGCCACCCAACUCCAGCCACACACAACGCAGGAACUAUGAGGUUGAGUUUGAGGCCCAUGACUCCUACUUUGAGAAGAGCACCCAGAUCACCGUCCAUCUGUCUGUGCGCACCGCUGACACCAACGCUCCCAGAGUCUCCUGGAACAUGGGCCUCAGCCUCCUGGAAGGCCAGUCUCGUCCAAUCACGUGGGAGCAGCUGCAGAUCGUUGACAAUGACAACCCCAAAGCUGUGCGUCUCAUCACUGUGGACGGACUACAGCACGGCAGGCUCACUGUCAGAGGUGGCAAAGGCUUCAUGUUCACCAUCAGUGACAUCAAGGCGGGCGUAGUGCGCUAUCACCAUGACGACAGCGACACCACCAAGGACUUUGUGAUCUUCCGCAUCACGGACGGCCCACACCAAACACGGCACAAGUUCCCCAUCACGAUCCUGCCCAAAGACGACAGCCCGCCGUUCCUGAUCACCAACACGGUGCUGGAGCUCUCCGAGGGCCAGACGGCCCUGCUCUGGGGCACCGUGCUGCAAGCCUCCGACUCCGACUCCAGCGACGACUACAUCCUCUUCAACGUCACGCGCCCGCCACACGCCGGCGAAAUCAUGAAGAUGCCCGGACCUGGCAUCACAGGAUACCCUGUGACUCGGUUUCUCCAGAAGGAUCUCUUCCAAUCUGCCAUCUACUACCGUCACCUUGGUAACGAAGUGUUUGAUGACUCAUUUGAGGUGGUGCUCUCAGACUUCCACGACCCCCCCAACCUCUCAGACCCUCAGGUUGUCGUGAUCGUCAUCAACCCGGUGCCUGACCAGCCUCCUAAAGAGGCCCCAGGUGUGGUGCGACACCUGGUCGUCAAGGAGACGGAGGUGAUCCACCUGACGAAGAAGCAGCUCCAUUUCAUCGACCCCGAGUCACCUGACUGUGAGCUCACCUACACAGUCACCACACCCCCCUUCUACACCAGUGACUAUGGGAGCCAUGAUGCCGGCAGGUUGUUCCUUGUUGACAGCAUCCCAAAGUUCACCAAAGACGCAGACGCUGCAGUCCUCAGGCUCUUCACCCAGCAUGCUGUGAACUUCAUGAAGGUGGCCUACAUGCCUCCCAUCCUGGACAUCGGCCUGUACCCUCGCCACGUCCAGUUUGUGCUCUCCGUCACCAACCAGCAGGGCAGCACCGUCACGGGCAUCUGCUUUAACGUGACAGUCCUGCCCGUUGACAACCAGCCUCCACAGGUGUUGACUAACCCCUUGCGUGUAGAGGAGGGUGGUGAAGGCUGGAUCAGUGAGAACCACUUGCGUGUGUCUGACCCGGACUCCAGUGAAGACAGCCUGAAGGUGGAGCUGAAGAGGCCUGCCCAGCAUGGAUCCAUCCAGCUCAACGGCGCCCCCAUCAGACCAGGGCAGACCUUCACACUGCUUGACCUCAAGAGGCUUAAAGUCAGAUACGUCCAUGACAGCUCAGAGAGCGGUCAUGAUGACAUGGAGUUCAUUGCCACAGACGGCAACAACACUGCAGAGUUUGUGUUGGACAUUAAGGUGACGCUGGUCAACGAUGAGGUACCAGUCCUCGCACCCGGUCUGAAGCCCACGCUGGACUGCGCAGAGGGACAGGCAGUGGUCAUCAGCGUGGAGAACCUCUAUGCCACAGACGUGGACAGCCAAGAUGACCGCCUGACGUACAUGAUCGCACGGCAACCCUACUAUGGGGUGGUGCAGAGGAACAACCUGGUGGUGGACCGCUUCAUUCAGGCCGACAUCAUUGCUGGGAUUAUCACCUACAGACACACAGGGCAGGAGACUGGCCUGAAGCCCCGAUACGACACCAUCACCGUAGUGAUCUCCGAUAGCGAGGGGGAGGCGGUCCCUUCUUGUUGCUAUGAAAAAGGAUCACAACACACACCAAAACUCUCGGAUACACUUCCUGUGUAUGACCUAAACAUCACCGUGUUUCCCGUGGACAACCAAGCACCCACCAUCAUAAUAGGUGAUGUGUUUGUUGUGGAGGAGGGGGGCUCUGCCACCAUCAGAGAGACGCACCUGAAGGUGUCGGACCCAGACACACCUGAGGGAGAGCUGGAGGUGAUCCUCCUCUCCACGCCACAGGUCGGCUACAUUGAGAACAUCCUCCCCAGCCCUGGCUUCGAGAAGAGCAACAUGGGCAUAAGCAUCGGCUCAUUCCGGUACAGUGACCUGCAGAAGGGUCAUAUUAACUACGUCCAGUCCCGCCACCAGCGCAUGGAGCCCACCAGAGACCAGCUGAUGAUCUGUGUGUCUGACGGGCAUAGACGCUCCGCCCCCGCGCCCCUCUACAUCAUCAUCAACCCCACCAAUGACGAGACGCCAGACUUCCUGGCCAGGAACAUCACGGUGAAUGAGGGUGAUGUGAAGGAACUGGACCCGUCCAUCUUUAACGCCGUCGACCUGGACGUUCCUCAGGACCGGCUGAAGUUCAGCGUGGUGACGCCCCCCCAGCACGGCUCGAUCGUGGGCAGUUACCAUGCCAACGAGGUGGUGCGGUUCCGGAGGUUGGUGAAGGACUCGGGCGACUCAGGGAUGGUGAUGCGGGACUUCACCAUGGAGGACCUGAAGAACGGCAUGACACUGAUGUACAUGCAUGAUGACUCUGAGAGCGAGCUGGACGGGUUUGAUAUCGAGUUGACGGACGGCAAGCACACACUUCAGAGACACGUGUGUGUGAGGGUGCUGCCCAUCAAUGACGAGGAGCCUCACAUUAUCAGGAACACUGGUGUUGCAGUGGAGGUGGGAGAGUCACGUUUGAUCUCCGGUGCAGCCCUCUAUGCCCAAGACAAGGACACGCCCCCUGACAACAUCACCUAUAUAAUAGACAGCGUCCCCUCUCAUGGACUUCUGCAGAAGAAGGUAGGCUCUGACUGGGUAAAGAUGUCUGUGGGGAUGAACUGCACUCAGGCAGUGGACAUGAACCAGCUGCGCUACCUCCACACCGGUCCUCCCGGGAAACACAAGCAGGAUUUCUUUGUGUUCCACCUGCUGGACGGACAGAGCAGAUCUCCUGCCCAGCACUUCUACAUUGCCAUCAAGGACCUGGAGAAAGGAGACAUAGCGGUCAUGGUGCGUCUUGUGAAGGCUAGCCGCGGGGAGCGUGUGCUGCUAACCACAGACGUGCUGCUGGCCCUGGACGGCACGGACCAGCCCGAGGAGCUGCUGUACGUGAUCACAGCGCCCCCUACCCACGGCCAGGUGGAGUACAUCCGUCACCCCGGCCUCCCCAUCGACUCCUUCAGCCAGCUCGACGUGGUCGCCAACCUCGUGUGCUACGUCCAUGACAACAGAGCCACAGCGACCAAGGAGUGGGUCAGGUUUGUAGUGAGUAAUGGCAAGACCACGCGUAACGGCACACUGGAGAUCUCCGUGGAGCUGACGGACCGGAUCCUUCCGUCUCUGGUGAAGAACAGUGGUCUGCGGGUUCCCCAGGGUUCCACCCUCACCCUGACCCCCAGUGCUCUGAACCUGGCCGACCCUGACAGCCCCCCCUACCUGCUGACCUACACCCUGCACCUGCCCCCCCAGUACGGACAGCUGCUCCUGCAGGGGGCGCCACUGGCUGCAGGGAAAAACUUUACCCAGGAGGACCUGCAGGACCUGGGUGUGGCCUAUCGGCAUGGGGGCGGGGGCUCUCAGAUAGACCGAUUCACUUUCACCGCCUCUGACUCCUCCCACAGUGGCUUCCUAUUGGACGGAAGGGUCCAGACUGAGCCUGUCUUCUUCACCAUAGAGAUUGAGUCUUUGGACAGCUCAGCUCCAGUGGUGGUUGUGCAGAAGACGUUGUGGAAGGCGGAGCUUCUUAAAGACGGGCGCUAUGGGAUCUUCCUCUCGUCCAAUGAGCUGCAGGCUCAGGAUGCCCACUCUGACGACCAGCAGCUCCUCUACCACAUCAUCAGAGCGCCCUACUUCAGCUACCUGGAGAACGCUACCACAGGUGAGUUUGUCCGAGUGCUCUUCUCUCAGAGGGACUUAAGCAAAAGGACCGUCCUCUACAUCAUAGACUCCGCCCAAGAAGCGUUGACGGACAGCCUGGAGUUCCAGGUGGCAGACCCACUGGGCAACAGAAGUCCCGCCCACACGCUGGUGUUUAGCUGGUCAGCGGUGGAGUUGGCCCAGGCGGAGUAUCGCUCCUGUGAGGAUCAGACUAGCCUGCCGCUAACACUAAACAGGAGGGGCAAUGUGCAGGAGUCUUCUUUCGUCACAGUCAAGGUCAAAGAGAUCACAGCAUCAGCAGGAAAGGACUUCAGCCUCCCACUUUCCAGCCUUGUACAGUUUGAUCCUGGCGUGUCCAGUCGGAGUUGGCGUGUGGAGGUGCAGCAGGACGGUCUGGAGGAGGCGGAGGAGGAGUUUGAGGUGUCUCUGACCGCACCCAUGGGCACAGUGCUGGGCACCAACACCAGAGCACUGGUGAAGAUCAGAGAUGCAGGAGAGGCCCAGUGCGGUGGGCGUGCAGCCCCAGAGGGGGGGUCGCUGGGGGGGUCGCAGGUGCAGUCGGGACCCUACCCCAAACACGGCUCUAUCCAGGUGGAGGCGCUGCCACUGGCGCAGGGGGACGGGGCGGCAUACUCACCGUUUUCACCAGGGGACAGGGAUGCAUACUCAAGAGGAGACGGCACGCCUGUUGCUCUGCCAUCUGCUGACCCCCCUGCCAACAGGAAGAGACUGAGAACCAGCGGAAACGGCAGGAAGAUUCCCCCCUCCUCAGUGCACAGGAAUGGCUCUGAACUCAUCUACACGUACCACGGCAUUGUGUCCAUGCACGUGGAGGAUGACUCCGCCCUCUCCCGGGCCAGUCGCAAGGCCAGCGUGCAGGUCACCAGCAGGGGUCAGCAUUCAGCCAACAGACAACAGGCCUCCUCAAACACAGGCAGGGCUCCUGGCGACAAGGCAGUCUUGGGACCUACGAAAACCACUAAAGCUCCCAGAAAGGCAGCCUUGGCUAAAAGGAAAGACCACAGCAUCCCUCCCAAACAGUGGGCCCCUAAAGCCUGCACCCCUGAGCUGUUGGGCAUGCUCUACUUAAACGACACGUCAGGACAGCUCUCACGCUGCAACGGGGCCGCAUGGAAACCCUGGGCGCCUACCGAUGAGGUGGUGAAUGCUCAGAAGUGUCCUCAGGGCUGGACUCAUCAUGGCCGCCACUGUUACCUCCUGAGUAGCGACAGGAAGGAGACAUGGAGUACUGCCGCCCGAGCCUGCAGAGAGAGUUUCCAUGGAAACCUGGUGAGCGUGCCUUCGAAGGCUGACAUGGACUGGCUUUGGGACUUCAGUGGUCGGAAGCCUUUCUGGAUUGGCCUGCACGACCGUGAGAGCAGAGGACGCUGGGAGUGGGUGGGCGGGGAGCCCGUCACCUACACUAACUGGAGGCGGAGCCCGCCAAGAACCGUGAAGAAGGGAGGCAGGAAGUGUGUGCUGGUCUGGAGGCGAAGCAAGUGGCAGAUCAGAGACUGCAAGAAGGGCAAAGGUCACCGCUACGUGUGUUACAUCAGAACGUGAGCCGAGAUGUGACCUCUGACUCCAACAUCACACACAGGAGGCACUCUCGCUCACAACGCUCGACUCAUCCCACAGGAGUUAUUAAAGGUCACCGCUAGAUGUGACCUCUCACUCCAACAUCACACACAGGAGAACACUAUUGCUCACAAAUACUGAGAUGAGAGCGCUGCCUGCUACAUCAGACAUGAGCCGAGAUGUGACCUCAGACACCAACAUCACACACCUAAUAAUCCAUUCCUCAUCUCCUCUCCCCAGCCUUUAGUGUCUGUGAGUGGAAACCACUGAAUAACCAGACUCUACUCCACUGACUAACCAGACUCUCAUCCACUGAAUAACCAGACUCUCCUCCACUGAAUAACCAGACUCUCCUCCACUGAAAAACCAGACUCUACUCCACUGACUAACCAGACUCUCCUCCACUGAAUAACCAGACUUUACUCCACUGACUAACCAGACACUCCUCCACUGAUUAACCAGACACUCCUCCACUGGACUCCUGUCUCACUCCACCCAAACUCCACUGGACUCCUGUCUCACUCACACAUGAGUUAAGGGCCCUUUAAGCUCAGUUUGAAAAGGGCAGCUCCUCCCAUGCCAGUGUGUGUAAAGCAUAUUUAUUAAUGUCAGUAAGUGUAAAUGGGACUCGUCAGACAAACAGCAGCUCCAGUUAGCUGGGAAUGAUGACCUGUUAGCUGUCACUGUAUAAGAGGUUCACUAAAUCAUCAUGUACUUGUAUCUAAAGGUUCUGUAUUAGUAUAUUACUCUGAGUAUAUGCUAUGGGUAUACGCUAUGUGUAUACACUGUGGGUGUACGCUGUGGGUGUACGCUGUGGUUUUACGCUGUGGGUGUACGCUGUGGUUUUUACGCUGUGGGUGUACGCUGUGUGUGUACGCUGUGGGUGGACGCUGUGGGCAUACGCUGUGGUUUUACGCUGUGGGUGGACGCUGUGGGUGGACGCUGUGGGUGGACGCUGUGGGUGUACGCUAUGUACUGUAAAUACGCUAUGGGUAUACGCUAUGUAUAUAUGCUGUGUAAAGUGCUUAGAUCUUCACCUAUGUUGUAUAUCUGUUGUCUGAACUGUGCACUGGCUGAACGGUAGGAACACUGUUUCCAUGUAAACAUAAACGUAAACACAGGCAGGAGCUUAUUGUGUUCCCUCAGGGCCCUGGCCUUGGGGCACACACUCACACUCACACACACACUCACUCACUCACACUCACCCUCUCACACACACACACACACUCACUCAC